AUGCUAAGCUCCUUGAGCUUUCUUAUCAACGGGGAAAUCAACGACCAACAACGGCAUCAAAAACUUAGAAACCUACAAUGUCUGUACAUGAUCAAUAAGCAGAAACCAAUCCGAGAUGACAAUGGGAACCCAUUUUACGCGCAGGACUUGUCAGAUGAUUUAAACCAUCGAAUAAUCAAUUUGAAGCUAGAAGCCUUCCAAACAGUUGUAACCGAUAUUUUAGAUAAAUUGAGAUUGCAUGAUGAAGCUCUACACUACUUUGUUCUAGUGGCCACAUUUCGAUUACCGGAUGAGAAACUAGAAAAAACAUUAAUUGAAAUUUCGGUACAACAAAAUUUGAUGAUGAGGAUUGAUGGAAAAUACAAACGCCGACUUUAUUCAGAACCUUUGGAACAUGAUAACAUUCCUCGUCUUGCCUGGGAUAUCUCUCCGGUAUUGAAAACGCUGAAAGUGGCAGAAAUAGACAAACCUGUUAUGCCAUCUGAACCUAGGGAAGUCAAUCCUGUUGACGAAUGGGGUUUGAUUUCUCGGGAAUUACGAGAUAUUCUCUGCUGUGAAGAGUUGAAUUUAAGUGCAAGAGAAGGGCAGCCAAUCGAAUUCUUUCACUUGAAGUCCAACAUAUUUUUCAAAAAUCUUCUGGACAUGCACCGUGGAGUUAGCUCAGAUCUUUUCCAGCUGGACGGCGACAAUCAUUUCUAUCAAGCGAAGCCUUGCCGUGUUGAUGAGUGGAAUCUAACGACGACGCGGACAGUUCUACAGAAGCAUUUAUUUCUAGCAAAUCAGUUAUUAGAAUUUGUUAAAAAGCUCAAGCAUCAUUUCGUGAGCUCAACAACAAAUUCUGUGAGGAUUCUGAUUCAAAGAUAUUUGAUCGAUGAACAACAAAUAUUUUCUGAAUACAUUGAUUCGUCUCUUGGAAACAGUUUGAAUGUCCAGUUCGAACAUAUUGUUGGUUCGUUUCCAAGCUUGAAUAUCCAAUCAUCUGAUUCGAAUAGGUUCGAAGUGUUGGACCAUAUUUAUGAGACCGUCAGCGCUCAUUAUCAUGUGAUUCGAGAAAUGAACCACGUCGUCAGCCGAAUGAAUGACUACAGUCCGAUACUGCUAAAUGAAAUGUCUUUCAUAGGAUCUCAAUCAGCGCCUCAAUUCUAUUCUAGGCAGAUGUGGCGAAGACUGAAUGUGUCACUCAUUCGUUUUAUUGUUAAUAAACUUGCAGAAAUGCUAACCACUCCGGAUGCUGAACUCAUGGAACUUCUCACAGACGCUGGCGAUGCUAAGCAGAUCAAAGAUCCAUCUAUUUGGCAACGUUUGAAUCCAUUAACAAUGGAAUCAUCACAAUGCGUUGAUGAGGAAUUAGCGAAUCGGGUUGCUGACCUUAUAAUCGGAUAUCAGUUUUUCAUAAAUGAUAAAAAUAACAAGAGUUACAAAUCGGAUGGAUCUACAUUUGCGAUUACCGAUAUUCAAGAUGCAGAAGAGUUGGAAUUGUUUGCGAAGACACCCCAUUUCGAGAAAAUACUCUAUGGAAUCUUAUCUCAACUUGAUGUGAAUUCCACAGAUGAAAACCUUGAUGAACUCUCGAAUUGUAUCUAUAAACUUCUAGAUCAAGUUCCAACGACAACGCUCGUCGAAAAAUAUUCGCAUGUUGUUCUGGAUAAUUCAGUUCGAUUUUUUGAAUUUCUGAAAACAUUCUUUACAUCUGCCUACAUUCAUUUGAAAAAUCGAACAUUCUUUAGUCAAAACGCACUAGACACUUUCAAAUGCGAGAAGUUGCACAGGCAAAGUUAUGAUGCCGAGUUCUUGAAAACUGUGGGAUAUGACAUGAAAAGCACAAUGGAAGAUUCGUUUCUAACUGUCAAUGCUCCUGAACCUUUGAAUGUCUUCGUGUCUGCCGGAGUGACUGAUAUUUACUCCCAAGUUUUCACAGUUCUCAAUAUGCUGCAUACUGCACUGGAUGCUGUUAUAGAAACACGUAAUUCAGAAACAUUGAAGCACGAACCUCGUCUUCGUUACGCUUUCUUUCACAUGAACACAACCGUUUUCGCCAUUCGGAAGAAUAUGUUGACCCUGAUUGAAGCUGCUAGUGAAACGUUAAAGAAAACUCUGGAUUUCAAAAAAUCUUAUGAAUCCCGCAGUUCACAUGAAUUACUGAAUGUUUGCUACAGAGCGCAUCGAAAGUUUAUUCGAGAAGUUGCUGGAGCCUUGAUGCUGAAUUCGAAACGAGGAACAACUGCGAGAGUUAUCAAAUUGAUGGUGAGCAGUGUAUCCCUAGCUUCGAAGGCCUGCGUUCAGGGAGAUGCAGUCGGAGCUGAAAAACAAUACCAACUGUUCCAAUCUCAUCUUUUGAUUUUUCUCGAUCAGUGCCGACUUGAUCAUAGCCGUUAUCCGUUAUACAGAAGCCUCGAAAUCGGAAUUGAUGAGGUGGACGGACGCAAAUCUCGAUCUUCUUCCUAUUCAGAUGAUAUUAGUUGUCGAUCUUAUUAA